AGAGAGAGAGAGAGAGAGGGGCAGAGAAAAAGUUUGAGACAGGACUUUCUGCGGACGUGCACAGUUCGGCUUUGCACCGAUUAUCUUGCGGGCGAUUCCACUGGAAUCAGUGAAAUGAGACUGUCAGCGGGGGUCCUCCUGUGCGCGCUCCUGUCCCUGGCAGCCGGGGACGAGCAGCGACUCCCCGAAGAGGAACUCGUGGUUGUGACUGUUGCAACCAGAGAGACGGACGGCUUCAAGCGCUUCUUUCGCUCAGCUAAACAUUUCAACUACACUGUGAAGGUCCUUGGCGAAGGGGAGAAAUGGAAGUCUGGCGACCACACGUCAUCUCCAGGAGGAGGUCAGAAAGUGCGCCUCCUUAAAGCCGCUGUGGAGGACAUGAAGGACGAGAAGCAGAUCCUCCUUUUCGUUGAAAGCUACGAUGUGGUGUUCGCUUCAGGCCCCAGCGAGCUACUCAAGAAGUUCCAGCAGGCCAGACACAAGGUGGUGUUCUCCUCUGAGAGCCUGAUCUGGCCCGACAGACACCUGGAGGACAAGCACCCCCACGUUGCCGAGGGCAACCGGUUCCUAGGCUCAGGAGGUUUUAUUGGCCACCUUCCCAACAUCAAAGAAAUGCUCGCUGACUGGACAGGAGAGGACACGGACAGUGACCAGCUGUUCUUCACCAACAUUUACAUUGAUCCAGUUAAACGGAAAUCCAUAAAUAUCACUCUGGACAGCAGAUGCAGAUUGUUCCAGAACCUUCACGGUGCCCUCGACGACGUGGUGCUGAAGUUUGAGGAUGGGCGGGUACGAGCCAGAAAUGUGCUGUAUGAUACGCUGCCUGUCGUCAUCCACGGGAACGGACCUACCAAGCUCCAGAUCAACUACCUGGGUAACUACAUCCCCAACAUGUGGACGUUUGAGACCGGAUGCACAGCGUGUCACGAGGAUCUGCGCCCCCUCACGGCGCUUAAGGAGAGCGAGUACCCCCUGGUGCUCAUUGCCAUCUUCAUCCAGCAGCCCACUCCUUUUGUGGAAGUGUUCUUUGAACGCCUACUGAGGCUCCAGUAUCCCAAGAACAGAUUGAAACUCUUCAUCUACAACCAGGAAGCCCAUCACGAGGGUCAGCUGAGCUCCUUUGUGAAGGACCAUGGAAGCUUGUAUCAGGAUGUCAAGCUGGUCGGCCCUGAAGAGGAGAUGGAUCAAGCCGCAUCCCGCAACCUGGGCUUUGACGUGUGCCGGAAGGACGAGGACUGUGACUAUUUGUUCGUCUUGGACAUAGAAGUGGUUCUAGAGAACGAAGAAACACUUCAAAUCCUCAUUGAACAAAACCUUCCCAUCGUGGCGCCCAUGAUCACUCGCGUUGGACGACUGUGGAGCAACUUCUGGGGAGCCCUCAGCGCAGAAGGCUACUACGCCCGGUCUGAGGACUACGUGGACAUAGUUCAAGGGCGCAGAGUCGGUGUGUGGAGCGUCCCGUACCUGUCCAGUGUGUACCUGGUGAAGGCCGGCCUCCUUCGCUCAGAGCUCUCCACCUACGAGCUGUUCACCUCAAGCCUCUUAGACCCCGACAUGGCCUAUUGCCACAACGUCCGUGGCCAGGGAGUCUUCAUGUAUGUCACCAACAUGCACACGUUUGGCCGCAUCCUGUCUACACAAAACUAUCAGACGAGCCAUCUUCAUAACGACCUGUGGCAGAUCUUUGAAAAUCCAGUGGACUGGCAGGAGCGCUACAUUCAUGAGAACUACACCCGCAUCAUGAGAGACCAGCUGAUUGAAACUCCUUGUCCUGAUGUCUACUGGUUCCCAAUUCUGUCUGAUGUUGGUUGUAACCACAUCGUUGAAGAAAUGGAACAUUUUGGGAAGUGGUCCGGAGGAGCCACUACGGACAACAGAAUCCAAGGAGGCUACGAGAACGUCCCCACCAUCGACAUCCACAUGAAUCAGAUCAACUUUGAAAAGGAAUGGCAGAAGUUCUUACUGGAGUAUAUAGCGCCUAUAACGGAGAAAAUGUACCCCGGCUACUUCACCAAGUGCUCCACUCCCUUGAACUUUGUGGUGAGGUACAAACCCGACGAGCAGCCGCUGCUCGUCCCUCACCACGACGCCUCCACAUUCACUAUUAACGUAGCUCUCAACAGCAAAGACCUUGACUACCAGGGAGGCGGAUGCCGGUUCCUCCGCUACAACUGCUCGGUUCAGGCGCCGCGUAAAGGCUGGACCCUCCUGCACCCGGGCCGCCUCACGCACUACCACGAGGGCCUGCCCACCACCGGCGGCGUGCGCUACAUCGCCGUGUCCUUUGUGGACCCCUGAACCCCCCACAGGCGGCUGGUCCAGACCAACCAGGCGGCUCCUUCAGCUCGUUGGCUUGUCUUGUGCCCCACGUUCGCUUUCCGUUAGAGCAACGACGCGCUGCCUCCUCCUGUAGUAAACAUCUGUGUGCGCUGGUCCACAAUCCAGCUGUGCACGUGUUGUAUUACCAGCUGUUGAGCUGGACUCCUCUCAGGAAAUCACCAGGAGUUCAGCUGCGUCGUACUUUUUCUUACUUUCUUUUCUUAGUCAGACACUCCGAAGCCCGAAACGCCGCCUUUAUUUAUUUUGUGUAUUUUAUUGGACAUUUAUUCCACGUCAUGUUACAAACUACUGUGAUUAAAGUAUAUUCAUCAA